CGCCGUCGUAUCUUGACCUUUUCCUCUCUAUAUCAGAUCACUUGCCUGUCUGAGCUCCUGACCUCAUCCGCCAAUUUUGUUAGGCUUGAGAUCUAACCGGUCCUUAUGCUGCCCUAUUUCCCCAGACCCCACCUCGCUCCAGUCACAAGCGUCGUUUUCGCCAGCCUCAGAAACGCCUAGCAAUCUAAUCAACGGUUUUCAGUUCCCCGCGCAUGUGCAGUAAACAGGCGCCCUAGAGCGUCAUCAUCUCUCCCUCGCGUCCCAUUUUUCUUACCACUUUAUCUCCUGGUUUUUGCUCUCGAGGUGGAUUGAUGUCGACCCUACGCCGUGCAGUCAGAGAUUUGACCCGGAGCUUGUAACUGAACUGCGGUCUUCAGCAAUUGUCGCAAGCGCAUGUGGAUGACUCUGACAUAUGCUCAUUCCGGAAACCUCGCGCGUUGAGCCCUGAGGACCCUUUUUGUAUAUAUCGUUAUAACGAUUUUUAUCUUUGGCCAUGAAUCUGACAGGGUCGGAUCUUCGAAAUGGGCGUGGGACGUCUCCAGCUCCUGGUCCCUUUGGCUAUUCAUUCCUCUCAUCGUUCGAUACGCCAUAUGACCCAGCCCCUGCUCCUCCGCCUGGUCCAGCUUUGCUCGACGACAGCGAGUCGAAUAUGCUCGACAAUUUCUUCACUACCAUGAACGCCAAUCACCUGGAUACGAGCGACUUCUGGUUCCGUGGCCAGCAACCGGUUAAAGGUCCUAGCAAUCUGGACUGGUCGGAGGAGCUACCGCCGAUAUUUGAAGGAUCUACAACCACGUUGGGCCAACCGUCAGCUCUUCAACACGGCUUGGGAAAAGGAGCCUUUUCUACAGCAGACAAUGGUAUGGAAACCAGUUCGGAUAUCCUUGCAGCUGCCUCGAUGCUUUACGGGAAUGGAAUGAAUGCAAACGGUUUUAGCUCGCCAUUCAGUCACCAAUUAUUUCCCGACCACACACUUCAUAAUGCCAAUAGAAACUUUUCUGUCAAAGGAGGGGUCUCCAAGAAUUCAGCAACAGGUGACCAACCCGCAAUGGAGGAAACUUGUCCACAGAUUGCCCGGAAACAACCAUUGCCUCGUGGAUACCAUGCGCCAGAGAUGUUCUUUGACGUUCAGCAACCUGUGACCAUGGACCAGCAGACGGUCGCCAAAGUCAGGACUCUGCGCUGGGGAUCAGAUGCUAGCUUCAUGGAUCAAGGCUACUUGCCACCGCCUCAACACAACAUGGAGGAACGUACGAAAGACCUCCUGGACAAGCUAGAAUGUUUUGAACCUCAAAGCAGCGCCGCAAACACCCGGGCUCCUAGUCCCGUGAGGAUGACAGGCAAUGGAGACUGGGCCUCACUCCAUGGCGGAUAUAUGCCUAGUGGCCUACGAAACGAUGAGAAUGUCUCCGACCAGCUACAGCCGAGAAAGCGGCAGAAGUCGAUGGUUAAGGCGGAGGACGCUGAUUCUGACGUAGAUGCCUCGCGGUCGAGGACGAAGAAGACGAAGACGUCUAGUCAGGAUAAAGCAAGGCGAAGUUCCAGCGAUGCUGGGUCGCGGAAGGCCAAGCAGGGUUCAGGCAAGCAUGCACGAGAAAAUUUGACGGAGGAGCAAAAACGGACAAAUCAUAUCCUUUCCGAACAGAAGAGACGCAACCUCAUCAAGCAAGGCUUCGAUGAGCUAUGUUCUCUUGUGCCGGAACUGAGAGGCGGAGGGUUCAGCAAAAGUGCCAUGCUCAUGCAAGCAGCGGACUGGCUGCAAGAUAUCCUACAUGGGAACGAAAUUCUCAAGGCCCAACUCGCUGAUCUAAAGGCUGUGGAUGGCAUCCGAAUGCCACGAUGACAUCUUCAUAUGAUUCGUCCAUUGGCCUUCUAAGUGACAUUACGGGCAUUGUAUAACCAAGCUAUUUGUUUUGCAAGGGUAAAUAGCCGGAAAGCGAGCGCGGCGUUAUGAUUGGGUUUUUUCAUUUAUUGCAGGUGGACUUCAACAAAGUCUUCCACAUUGUGGCGACGGAUCUUUACGGGAAUAACAGCUCUAGAAGGAAAUCGGGCAUGCCUGCCGUUCUCCUUCCUUGAGGUCGUCCGCACAUAUAGAGAUUACGCUUAAAGGAAGCGAAAGGACAGCUAGGAUUAUGGUUUCUUAUUCUACUAUAUAUAAUGUCUAAGUCCCUACCGAGACCCUUCUCCGGUCAGUAGGAAGUUUGCUCUUUUAUUCUUAUUGUAGAACGCACGAAUCUCCUAAGGUCUGCUAUAUGUCGUGGUGUAUCAUGGAUCUAAGGCGCACUCUAGAAGCCAAAGCAAAAGUCAG